AUGCAGCUAUUCUUUCUUUUACCGAGUGUCCUCUUGGGAUGGACGAUCAUGUUUGGCCUUGCCUACGCAGCCCUGGUCAGGGCCCGCAGCAUGCCUUGUGCCCUGAGGCUUGCAACACUUGCUGACCCUUGUGCUUGUGUACCAGAAAUCGGACAUCCACGCUGCGAGUGUGGCUACACGAUUAACGCUACCGAUGGAUCGAGUCCCUACGCCCUCUUUACCGAUUUCCUAGAAACCGAUUUCAUGCACCUAUACAAACUACCUGACAGCAUCGAUAUACCGGCCUCGGAAGCUGUGGGCUGGGCUGUGCAAGCAUACAACAUCACCCCAUCGGCCGCUCGGGGUCCUUACGGCAAAGCUGCCGAGAUCGAUAAUGUUGUCUUGAACCCACUACCUUCACGCAAAGCCUGGGGCGGCGAAGGACAGCUAGGCGGUGCGCCAGGGCUGCAAGUUUGGGUCCGAAGUCAACAAGACCUGCUGGGCCCGGUCGGAGACCAGAUGACUCGCUCUGGAGAGAUUGACAGUCUGCGUCGCGAUAUGCGUUAUGGCAGCUUCAGAGUUAGCAUGAAGAUGAGCAAUGUCUCUGGCACUUGCGCUGCCUUCUUCUGGUAUCGCAACGACUCGCAGGAGAUUGAUAUGGAAUACCUGAGCCGUCAGAACAUCUAUGAGAAUAGCAACGGCUCUUCACCCAUCAAUCUCGUCGUCCAAUCGCCAGCCUCUGCAGAUGCAAACUACAAUGCGAUCAACACAAGCACCUUCCGCGUCGAAAACUUGCCCUUCAAGCCUAGUGCUGGUUACCACGAAUAUCGUUUCGACUGGACACCAGAGCGGAUUGUCUUCUUCGCCGACGGCCAGCGUCUCCAAGAGUUCGAAAACACCUUUGAUGGCGAUGCACCUGACGCGCCUGGAACCUUGAUGCUCAAUCAUUGGUCUACAGGCAAUGAGGGUUGGAGUGGGGGACCGCCAGCUCAAGAUGCUGUUCUCACGCUCAGCUAUGUCAAAGCCUACUUCAACUCGAGCAACGCGACACGAGAGAACGAGUGGCGCAAUGCCUGCGCCAGAGACCGUAAUUGGACUGGCCGAACGUGUCCGAUCCCUGACUUUCCUGCUCAAGGUAUCGACCCUCAACGUACUGGGUUGGAAGACCCGGGCAAGAGCUACUUUUUCAUGUAUGACGACUACUGCAAUGUCAAUCAGACCAUGUAUCCAGCCGCUACAGGAGGAGAACCAAGUUCGGGUGGUCCGUCUUUGACAUCACAUUCACCUACGACAUGGUCAUUACUAGGUUGGACGGCGAUGUUCAGUCUGUUCCUACUUGGUGGUUGA